AGUCACUACGAGCCCUGUGCUGCAGCCUGCCCUGCCACCUGUGUUGACCCAAUGGCUCCUGCUACCUGCAGCCUGCCGUGCGUGGAGGGCUGCGUGUGCGACAGCGGGUACCUGCUCUACAACGACCGAUGCGUGCCCAGCCAGCAGUGCGGGUGCUGGCACAAGGGGCAGCACUACCCCGUGGGCUCGGAGUUCUGGACGGACAGCACCUGCUCCUCAAAGUGCACGUGUCCCGCGCGGGGAAGCAAAGUCCAGUGCUCCAAUGCCUCGUGCCCUGCGGGCCAGUACUGCGGGGUGCAGGAUGGGAAACCUGAGUGCCUCAAACACUCCUACGGCAUCUGCCACGUCCACAGUGACCCUCACUACAACACUUUUGACAAGGUGACGCACAGCUUCAUGGGCAGCUGCACCUACACCCUGGCCAAAGUGUGCUCCAGCACCACUUCCCUGCCCUACUUCAAUGUUGAGGCCAAGAACGAGCAUCGCGGGAACACCAGAGUGUCCUACGUGCGCGAAGUCCUGGUUGAGGUGUACGGAGAGCGCGUUGCCAUUGUCAAGAAGGAGAAGAGCCAAGUGCUGGUGAACAAUUUGCGCCGGACCUUGCCGGUGAGCGCAGCGGGAGGUGCCGUCACGGUGAGCAGGAGCGGCCGCUACAUCGUCCUGGAGACAGACUUCAGCCUCAGAGUGUCCUACGACACUGACCACUCGGUGGAGGUGAAGGUGCCCACCACCUACUUCAACCUGACCUGUGGCAUGUGCGGGAACUUCAACAACCGGAGAGAGGACGAUUACAUGAUGCCCAACGGGCAGCAAGCCGCAGACUCCAAUGCGCUGGGGGAGAGCUGGCAGGUCCCAGACAACGACUCCUCUUGCGGUGUCCCCGUCCCCUCCCCACCCUGCAGUGCGGAAGAGGAGAAGCUCUACCGAUCGGACCAGUUCUGUGGCACGCUGACCGCCAGGCCUGGCUCUUUUGAGAGGUGCCACGGCGUGAUCGACCCCCAGAGCUACUUUGAGACCUGCUUCUAUGACCUGUGUGCCCUGAGUGGUGGCCAGGAGGUCCUGUGUGCUGCUCUGGAGGCCUACGCUGACGCAUGCCAGGCAGCCGGCGUGACUCUUCUUCCCUGGAGGAACGCCACCUUCUGCCCCCUGCUGUGCCCCGCCAACAGCUACUAUGACCCUUGCAUGACCGGCUGUCCUGCCACCUGUGUUGACCGGCAAGCCCCGCAGAACUGCUCCAAGCCCUGCGUGGAGGGCUGUGCAUGUACCUCUGGCUUCCUCCUCAGCGGAGACACCUGUGUGCCUGAGGCCCGCUGUGGCUGCUUCUUUGAGGGCAACUACUACAGCGAAGGCGAGCACUCUGUGAGCGAGAACUGCACUCGCCAGUGCCGCUGUGAAGCCAACGGCCAGAUGGUUUGCUCUGCGUUGUCCUGUGGUGAGGACGAGGUCUGCAAGAUCCAGAACGGCCUUAGGGGCUGUUACCCAGCCAGCACUGCUCUCUGCCACAUCUACGGCGACCCGCAUUACAGCACCUUCGAUGGGAAGCUUCACCACUUCCAGGGCUCCUGCAACUACACGGUGGUGACGGGCUGUGACAACUCUUCCGUUGGGUUCAGUGUCACCACCCGCAACAAACAUCGCGGCAGCCGGAGCUGGACGGCUCUGAACUCUGUGGCACUGUCCAUGGAAGGCCUCCACAUUGCACUGCGCGAGAACAAGGCCGUCUACGUAAGCCCCUCAGUUUUACACCUGGGAACAGCAGGUGCCCUAGGCACCACUAAGUACCACUCUGUCCGCAAGAAGAGCUUGACGGUCCCUGAGCCUGCCGGCGUGCUCACAGAAGAGCACGGCGGGGCGCUGAGCGGGCCAGCUAUGGCUGCUCGCGCAGCAACAUAUUUUUGGCUUGUUUUCCCGAGCUUUUGGUGCGCCGUGCGCAGAGUCGCUGCUGUUCUCGUAGGCCUGGGCAGGGUUGCUCGUGCCAUCAGCGCUUCCGACUCACUGGGCCCUGGCACCAUCGCAGUCAACGGUGCUCUGGCCUCCCUGCCUGCUUCUCCUGCCCCCGGAGUGACCAUUUCCCUGAGUGGCUCCUACGUGCGGGUUUCUACCAAGCUGGGCCUGCAGCUGCAGUUCAAUGGGGACCAUGAGCUCCUAGUGAAGGUGUCCGAGAAGCACAAGGGCAAGCUGUGUGGGCUGUGUGGGACGUACACUGGGAGCCCGCAGGACGACUUCAUGCGACCCGACGGGGUUGUCGUGCCCGACUUCAGUGCCUUUGGAGCCAGCUGGAUGGUGCCGGACGAUGAGUGGCCGUGUGACCCAGCCAUCAGCCCGCCCGCGUCCUGCUCCCCCUCCGAGGAGGAGGCAGCUAACAAGCAGUGUGCAAUCCUCACUCAACCCGGUGGCCCGUUCCAGCCAUGCCGGGCAGUCCUGCCACCCGAGACGUACUUUGAGAGCUGUGUCUAUGACCAGUGUGCCACGGGUGGCAGCACGGAGCAGCUCUGCAAUGACCUGGGGGCCUAUGCCGCAGCCUGUGCUGAGGCAGGCGUGGCCCUGGGAGACUGGAGCGCUGGCACUGUCUGUG